AUGGAUGUAACUUCUGGAGAAAAUAUAUCGGAUGAUAAUUUUUGGCACGUACAAGAAUUCGGUCCGAAAAAAAAAGAAUCUAUUUUGAGACCAGAAGUUUUUUCGUCAGCGAAAUCGUCUGUUGGAUCCAUUUCAAAGAACGUUGAUCAACGCGGUUUCAAUCAAGCGAACGGCGGUUCGAGAUUUAAUUAUCCAACAGGAAAUAAUGUUGUUUUACAGUCUCAAAGUAAAAUCACCGGUGGUAGUGGUAUUAAUUUAAAAAAUGGCAACAGUCCGAGAGAUGCUUCAACCCCCGUCAAUUAUUAUAACAGGCCUGACACAAAGCCUCCAAAUACGAAAACAAUAUCCUUGAAACAUUCUGACACCGAAUCGGAAAUUGAAAAAAUGAACGUGUCAUCAGUUAAAUGUAAUAAUAAAAAAGACGUUCACGCGAAAGAAGAACCGGAUGGAAAAGAUGGAGAAACGACGUCGUCAGACGAUGGUUGGGUUUACACUCCGGCCGACGGUGAAAAUAAAUCGGAAGAAAAUAAAAAAUCCAAGGCUGCAGUUAGAUUGAAUUUCGGGGAGGUCAACGUAGCGAGAGAAAAUGGUUCUCCCAAGGGAAUAAAACAUUUCAGUGCUAAAAACAUUCCAAGACUUCAUUCGUCGAAGGUUUCGAAUAAUAUCGAACCGAUAUCGUCGAUAAAUAGAGAAUUGGUCGAUAGAGCCGAUGAAUUGGUGAGAACGAAACCCAAAUCUUACAGGGUUAGAAAUUUAAAAUUGAAAUUGUCGAAAGAAGAGGAGAAAGAGAGGCCACCGGAUAGUUGCGACGCAAGCGGAGAAUACACGGAAGAUUCCGACGAUUGGGAUUCGCAAUCUUCCGAAGAGAAUGAUGGUAGCAUUGCCACGUGCAGAGGAACGGGUUCCGCCGAAGGAAUACUGGAUGAAACUCUCGUCUCGAAACCCGAGUCUCUUUCUAGAAGUUUCGGUGGAGGACGUAAUCGUCCCUGGAGCAUGUCGAACGUGUCGCUUUUGAGAAGUUCGAGAGGAUCGAAUUUAAGAACGAGAGCAUACAUGUCGGAAUCGGCAUUGAAUCAAAUGCUCGGUCAAUUUGAAAAAUCGAGAGACUGCGGAUUUUGGGGAACGUGGGGAUCCUCACGGAAAAGAAGAACGAAAAUAAGGAAAAGAACGAACAAGAAAAGUAAUUCGGGUUCGGAUGGUUUCAACACUCUCAACAACAGCAGCGAUUCGGCAAAUCUUUCCUCUCCCAACAGGCAAACGAGUUCGUCCGAAUUGGUCAAAUCCGGUUCGUUUUCUGGUGACACGAGAAAGCAGAAAAGCGUUUCGUCAAAGUGUAACAGCGGAAGCGGAACGGAUUCAGACGAGCAAAAAACGUUGAGCCUUCCAAGAUUUCGUCUCGGUCCAAAAUCUGGAGCCGUAACGACCAUUUCGAUGAAUAAAGAACGUCGGGAAAUAAAUCAAGGUGAAGAACAAUUGAGUUUCAAUUCGGAUCAACCAUCUUGGGAUGACUACCAAGAAAAAUAUCAAAGCGAAGCAUAUAGCGAAGAACCAGCUGAUUCGGACACUGCCAAAAAACUAUUAGAUUUCGGAGAGGAUUACGCAAAAUUUCUAGAAGUUCAAUCCGACGGUCCGACAUCCUUUAAAAUGAAAAAAGGAUGCAGAUCGAAUAAAUUCGAUUCGGAUUCGGACGUGGACGAAGUGAAAAGAUUUUUGAAAAAAUCAAUGGACAAAAUGAUUUUGGUUGAAAAAAUGUUGUACGAAUCCAACAGCGAUCGUUUAACGAGUUAUUAUGGCGGUCACAUGAGCGAUGAUGAAUCCUUCAGUAAAUCGUUUUUGGAUGAAAUAAUAGCCAUUUGUAAAAACAAGGUUGACGAUUUCACGAGAGUUUUACACGAAGUCAAAGAUGAAAUAUACAUAUCGAAAGAACGAGAUGAAGUUUUGAGUAAGCGCGAACCUGGGCUGGCGUUUCGUUUCGUUUCGCCGCCACCGUCGCCGCCUAUGCUCGAUACAGUGCAGCCAACCGUAUAA